AUGAGAGAGAGUACUGGCAAUCCGAAUGUGAAUCUGGGCUAUGCCACGCCAGAGAACAGCAAGUCCUCCAUUAUGGACUUUAAGUUCAACACACGUUUUCCGGAGGUGAUUGCCCGUCUACUGCCCGGCUCCGGCAAGUACCAGGUGCUCUAUACUGACUAUGAGAAUUAUGCCAUCCUGUGGUCAUGCGGCAGCAUCGGAUCGCUUGGCCAUGCGGAUCAGAUUUGGAUACUGGGACGUGAAACGGACUUUGUCGUGGAGAUACGUGAGAAGAUCUACGAUGUGCUCAAGCGACUGUCCCUCGACCCGGAGCGGCUGGUGCUCAGCAAAAACACCAACUGCCCCAAAAUCAACUAAUAUAUAUAUAUAUACUAAUAUGUAUACAAACUGAAUUA